GCCACUUGAUCAAGGUGCUUAUACAUGUGAAGCUAUUAAUGUCAAAGGUCGGGUAUUAGCUACACCGGAUUGUAUUGUUCGUAUUGUUAAUAUCCCGGCCCCGGAAGCGCAGUCACAGUGCAAUGUAAUUGGUUCUGUAAGUCCAGUUUCGGAUCAUACGGGUCGUUGUCAAUGUAAGCCAUUGGUAGUAGGUUCAAAAUGUGAUUCGUGUAGUCGUGGUGCAUAUCAUUUGCAUGAAAAAGCGCCACAAGGUUGUUUCAAAUGUUUCUGUUUUGGUAUCACCGAUCAAUGUCAAUCAUCCUCAUGGUAUCGGACAAAGGAUAAGCUCAUUUUGAAUGGCGAUUCACGAGGUGUUCAAAUAUCAGAUAUCAAUGGACAAGUGCAUAGUUCACAGUUCGAUUACAGUAAACCUGGAAUGGUAACAUAUAGCGAACCAUCCUAUCAAACAAUGUAUUGGAAAUUACCAUCACGUUUCCUUGGAAAUAAGCUAACAGCUUACGGUGGUGAGCUUGCAUUUGAUAUACAAUAUUCAUGCACAGGAUCUGUAAGUAGUGAACCACUUAUUGUCCUGAAAGGUAACGGUAUAACAUUGGUGCAUCGUCCACGCGACACGCAUAUUUUUGCUUCGGAUAAAACGAUUCGAUAUACUGUCGAUACAUUUGAAGUAAAUUUUGAAGAAUUAGAUGGACGACCGGCAACACGAGAAAAGUUGAUGAUGGUUUUAGCUAAUGUAGAAAUGUUGUUAAUUCGCGCCACACAUUGUUAUGGACAACAGUAUACGAGGCUUGGUGAUAUUACUUGGGAAAUAGCAGUUGACCGUGAUACGCAAGAAAGAUUUGCUUUAGAAGUAGAACAUUGUUCUUGCCCACCAGGAUAUACUGGAUUAUCAUGUGAAGAUUGCGCACCAGGAUAUGAACGGUCAUCACAAGGUUCAUAUCUUGGUACAUGUGUACCAGUUCAAUAUCGUGCACAAUGUUCGCCAGCUGGUGCACGUAGUGCACAUCCUGGUUAUGAUGGUAAAUGUCAGUGCAAAAUGUAUGCUAUAGGUACAUUGUGUGACCGUUGUCCAUCCAAUACUUUUCAUUUAUCAGCACGAAAUCCACAAGGUUGCAUUCCAUGCUUCUGCUCCGGAGUAACUCAACAAUGCACCUCUGCUACUAGCUACCAUAGAAUUCAGGCGGUUAUCGAUUAUAGACGAGGUGCUACCGACCAAUUGGAAAUUACUACCAGCGAUGCACACACUCCAUUUACACCUCAAUCACAAGCACAAAUAACAGGACGUGAUAUAACAUUUUCAUCAUUCUAUGAAAUACCAGGACAAACAUUGUAUUGGAAAAUGCCAAAACAAUUCCUUGGUAAUAAAGUUACCAGUUAUGGUGGUAAAUUAAAAUAUAUCUUUCGUUAUUCUGGUUCUGGGCCAUUAAAUAUUGACGCAGAUGUGAUCUUACGAGGUAAUGAUAUUACAUUACAAUAUACGAAUCAUCAACCACUUUAUGCAGAUCGUGAAAAUGUCAUUGAAGUAGAUCUGUUCGAAGAUCAUUGGCAACGUACGGAUGGACAAUUAGCCACACGUGAACAUCUAUUAAUGGCAUUAGCUGAUCUUGAUACUUUGUUAAUUAAAAUGAGUUAUAUGGAUGGAUGUUCAUCAUCAUCAUUAAUUAGUGUUUCAUUAGAUUAUGCCGAACCAUAUGCCACAGGUGGUGAAAUUGCUUACGAAGUUGAACAGUGUCAAUGUCCGCCUGGUUACAUUGGUACAUCUUGCGAAGAUUGUGCACCCGGAUAUUCUCGUACCGGUGGUGGAUUAUACUUGGGUCUCUGUGAACGUUGUGAAUGCCAUGGACAUGCUUCACAAUGUGACAAAGAACAUGGAUUCUGCAUUGAUUGCCAGCAUAAUACGGAAGGUGAUCAAUGUGAACGUUGUAAACCGGGAUUUACCGGGGAUGCUCGUCGAGGUACUCCACAUGAUUGUCAACCGGCAGCAACAAGACCUGCAUGUAUGUGUAAUAAUCACUCACCCAGAGGAUGUGAUUCAUUUGGUCGAUGUUUGCUAUGUGAGCAUAAUACUGAAGGUUAUCAUUGUGAACAAUGCAAACGUGGAUUUUAUGGUGAUGCAAUACGUGGUACUCCAUUUGACUGUACACCUUGUCCAUGCCCAGGUGCAUCAGAUUGCUUCUUAGAUGCCUAUGGUCAAGUACAAUGUCGUAAUUGUCCAGCUGGUUUAACCGGACGUCUAUGUGAGGAAUGUGCACCAGGUUAUACACGUUCACGUUCACGAGCACGUAUUGAUGAAGGACGUACAUGUGAACCAAUUGGACAUGUAGAAGAAACAAAUAUCGUAUUCGUACCAACACCUGAAGGUGAUCCUAUACGUGGCCAACGUUUUCGCUGGCAGCGUAAUCGCUUACAGCGAAAUCAUCCUUAUUAUAUUCUACGCAAAUUAUAUCAUUGA